GGUCCUCAUCUUCAGUACAUCCCCUGAUCUAGAACAUUGUACUCUUGUUUACUUACACACUUUGUAUCUCACCUAAUUACUUUGUAUAUAAAGGUAAUCAUUGACAGACUCAUCAUUCAGAUAACUAACAUACCAGUAUGGAGUUAAGACAGAUAUUAGUUUGUGUGCUCUUAUCCGCUGUUGGAUCUCAUAGUUUGGGUGAAGACUUCAAUUUAGAAUCGACUAACUUGGUAUCAAACGAAACAACAGCCUUGUACAAUGUUGGGGUCCACAUGGGCAUUAUCAAUCCCGAAACAUACUCACUUGAAUCCUUCGCGGAACACGAGAGCGAGAUCUUCAAAGACGUGUACCAAGAAUAUCUUGCUUACAAUGAAAGUGUACCACUAAACUACCAGGACUGGCUCAUAAUGAACAACUAUGGGGUCCUACCAGAUACACAAGAGUCACUGUAUCAACGGAAAAUCGUCAAACGUUCUACAGCAGACAAUAAGAGACGUUUCAUGAAUGUGGUUAAAAAGGGGGACAUUUUGAUCACAGGCAGAGGCAUUGGAGGGUUGUUAGGUCAUUCGGCGAUUAUGACUACCGAUAACUGGGUUUUAGAGAUGCCUGGAGGAAAUGGAUGGAACAAUGGAAUACCGAAUAAUAACAGACAAAUUCAGAAGGACAAGUGGUUUAACCAGCAUGCCUCUGAUUGGACGACUGUGUACCGAUGCAAAGACGGUGCGGUUGCAAGACAAGCCGCCACGUGGGCUGACCACAAAUACUACAAUCCUUCGGGUGGUUCCACAAAAACGGUGCACGUAACGUACAAGUUAACUACUGACUUCAAAUCAAUCAGCCCUAGUUAUUGUUCCAAGCUUGUCGUUCAAGCCUAUUACUACGGAACCGGUAAGAAGGCAGUUAUAAGGAAUCCCUUCAAUACGAUUAUCAUCCCCACUACUAUACCAUCGUAUUUCCUCUCCCCAUACGGACUGGUAAAUAAAGGAAAAUAUUAGUAUUUUUUUCUUUAUCUUUUAAAAUUACUUCUUGUUAUUUGUAGGUACGAGUAUACCAAUAUGUACAUAAUGACUUCUAAUAAAAACGCUGUUACCAACAA